AAGGGCAAGUUGGGGGAGGGGUAAUGCGGGGGUUGGGGGGGCAAAUAUUGUGUCUGUGUUUCUGUCGAUCAGCAGAAUUCCUGUCUAAUUCCCCUGCUCAGCAACACACACACACACAGACACACACACUCUCUCGUCGCUCUGAGUUGUCUGGUGGAUCUUUGCACCAGCAAGAACAGGCCAGGUCCAGUUGGAGCAGCAGAAUGUUCCAGUACACUCCACCGUGGAAGGUUCUGGCUCUCAGUCUGGACUCGGAGAACAAGGCAGCUGCUCUUCAGACCUGCGGCUGCUGCUGGACGCUGAUCAAGAGACUCUCCACCGAAGUUUGUUUGCCUGCUUGGUCCCCACAAAGUUCUCAGAGAUCCAGAGACGGUUCUCCCCCCUGUGGCUCCACAACGCCCCCUACAGGCAUGGACAGCUCCCCCAGGAGGUGGGUGCUGAAGCCUCUGUCCCCCAUACUGCAGCCCUCAGACCUGAGAACCAUUGUUGGGCCUGCUCCUGGCCUGGCGGACCAGGACUCUGGCUCCCAGGAAAACGACAGAACCCGGAAUGGCCUAGUCAAAGUCCAGCAUGUCAUGGUGCAGGAUGGGGACUCUAGCAGUGACGAAUGGCAGCCCAGCAGUCCUGGUAGCAGCUCCAGCUCUCAGAGCGGCUUCUACUCCUUUGUGGAGGAUCCCAGGAGUCCGGAGGCGGAGAUGAACGAAGCCUGGAUGGUGUCACCACAGCGCCAGGCUCAAUUGGCCGUCCUGAAGAAAGAGAAAGGAUUCAAACUACAGACCUACAGCAGCAACAAGAAGCCAGAGAGUCUGUUCUCAGAGAGCAAUGGAGACUAUCAGUAUAUGGUGGAUCCCAACAACGGGAUGAAAAUCAUAGAUGAGGAUGAGGAAAAGCAGCUUCGUAAGAUGAUCAUCCACAGCCAGGCUCCUAGGAGGAGCCAACCAGAACCACAGAACCAAGCGGAGGUUCUGGACCCCAUCCUGUCCACAGAUAGACUGAUAGAGGGGUUCAGUUUGAGCUUCAGUCCUGCUCUCUCCAGACCAGAACCUCCUCAAACUGCUGUGCCAGGGGCCGUGGUGAAGGAGCAGAUCAACUUUGGUGCAGCCCGACAGAAGUUUCUACAGAUAGAGCAAGACCAACUGGCACAGAUGCUCAGUCCUGUCCGGUCACCCAGAAUCCUGUCAGACUUGACUCUAGAAUUGGAUUCUAAUGCUUAUGUGUCAAGGAAGGUGAAGGUCUAUGGUGCCAUGGAGGCAGUCGAUAACACAACUCCAUUUAGACCAGCAGGUGGAGAUGAGAUGGAUCUUCAGAGGAGUGUGACAGUGCUCCGAUCCGAUGGCAGUCUGAGUAGAGAGAGUAGCAUCUUUGAAGACUCUGGCCAAGAGGAACUGUCAGUAGAAGUGGCUGGAGGCUAUGCCAGUGAUGAUGGCCUCCUUGAUCACUGCAAGAAAUCCAAGGUGUUCCCUGAAACCCCCAUUGAUAGGGAGAUCCGAUUAACUCAGGAACGUGAGGCAGAGCUACGGAAAUCUCGAGGCCUGAAGCACAGCAGUGGUCAAGCGGAGAUGGUCAGAAUUGAAACCAGACGUUCACUGCUGUCCCUGACACCUGACAGAACCUUUGAGAAGAAUCCACUGAGCUUCAUCCUCCACAGAAAAACCCAAAGGGAAAACCAAAGGGAGGAGGGCCCUCAGCAACCUGAGAUCCAGGAACCAGAUGGCAGAGCUCCUCCUCCACAGCUGGGGUACAAGAGAGAAGAGGCUGACUCACACUCAGGAGACAAGCCUGAGUCCGAUUCUGGAGCAGACGAAGUGUUCCUCUCUCCAUGUUGUCCUCACCGACAUCCUAAUGAGUCCUGGUUCUUCCAGACGAACCCAACCACCUCCUUAUUCUCACCAAGGGACUCUGAGGGCAGAAAACAAAUGGCUUCCUCCCCUCCUGCCUCCCUUACACCAACAACCCUACAUGAACUAGAGCUCCCUCAGAGCUGGAGGAAAAACCUGGAGGCCACAGGCCUGCAGUCCAGAGGGCAAGGAGCUCCAGACUUCAUUGAGAAGGAGAUUGAAGAAGCUCUAAAAAGAGAACAGGAGCUGAGAGAGCUGAGGGAGUCCAUGAAGGAAACCAGUCGACCCAUCUUCUCUCCGGCUCCUCUGGCAGAACAGGCAUCCAGGACGGCCAUGAGGCAGUUCUACCCACCACUUAAAACAGAGAAACCCGCCAGGCUGUCCUCGUCCUCUUCUCAUCUCAGCGUCCUGCUGCCCUCCGCCUCCCUUGUCACUGCUAAGCCCUGGACCUCCUCAGCGUCCCCGGCCUCUUCCUCCCCACUGGCAGUCCGGACGGUUCUUCGAGGUUUGACGGAGACGCUGCUGCAGGACUUUGAGGAACACCGAGCCAAGCUGAAGCUGGAAGAGAGCGCUUACGCAGGAAUCCAGCCGGUUGAUGACAUCAACAAUGAGGUGGUGGAGUCCACUCGAGUCGUUCGUCAUAAGAACCAGAGAGCGCUGCUGUGGGAGGCUGGACAGUUCACCAACCAGGACAAUCAGUGAGACCACCAGGACCAGAUCCAGAACUAAGUGUGGACCAAUCCUGAGCAGGAUCAUGGGUCAGCAGCAUCAUGAUGGAUCCUUAUAGACAGGAUGUUCUCACCUGAUCCAAUCAGCUGCUGAGUAGACGUCCAGUGGAGACAACUGGUCGCUUUCAGUCUAACCUCAGAGAGCGAAGCAGGAGUUUGAUUUUGACAUUUUUAAUUUGACAAAACUAAACAGGAAGUCAGUAGCUGUUCAUGAUUGAAAUUGAUGCAGUAAAAUAAAUGAAACCCUAAAAUCCGUUGAUUGUUGGAGUUCAGCUGUUUGUCUGGGUGGAUUCUGGACUUGAGAACAGACCCACUUUGCAGAGAGCAUAACUUCUUCCACGCUGAGGUCAGAGCCUGCUGUGACAUCACUGACCCAACCCACAGGUGGUGGAGCCAUGUUAAGAACCUCGGAUUUCUCCACCAGACCGGCAGCAACCACAUUUGCAGAUGAUCCAAAGUAACCCCUAGUCCUUCCCAACCAGCAGGAUGCACUCUGAUUGGGCGUUGGAGAACCUGUUCACUGACAGGCAUUCUGCUAAUGCUCCCACAGUAAUGUUGAAAAAAAAUGGAUUUUAAUCUCUAUGAGUUUUUUCCUUCAUUAAAUAAAGAAUAAGUACAUCUACAAUA